UAUCCAUCUUUUUUUUUUUUCUUUCCCUUUUGGUCAUUCUUUAUCCAUCUAGUAGAUCAAUGUUGACUCUAAAGUUGUUUUCUUUGCUGCUGUAUUAUUUUGACCAUGUUUUCCCCUUACGUUGUGAAUCUUGAAGCCUAUGAUCUCAAAAUUGGAUUUAUUCAUUGCUUUUCAUGUCUAUUGAUCGUCCGUAGAUACUAUGCUGAGAUGGUUUUUGCUUUUUAGAUCAUAUUGGCUGGGUUUUUGUAGGUGACGUAUUAGGCUUGUUAAGUUCUUGAUUCACGGUGCCUGAUCGUUGGUUAGGGAAAGUAGUUGAUAGAAAGAAAGAAAAAAGAGAACACCCACAUGGACCAUGUUGAGCAAUGAGGUUUAGUUGCCAGAGAUGGGGUGUGUGCUAGGCCGAGAGGUAUCCUCCGGCAUAGUUUCGGAGUCUAGAGAAGUGAAAAACCCAAGUGUUGAAACUGUUAGGGAGGUUAAGAAUGUUACUGUUAGUAAGGAAGAUGCUAGUGUUGUUGAAGCUCAAGAUGAUAACACCCAGAAGGAGGAGAAGGUGGAUGGGGAGAUAAAACCAAGACGGGAGAGGAGAAAGUCGAGGCCAAACCCAAGGCUAAGCAAUCCGCCGAAGCACUUGCAUGGGGAGCAGGUGGCGGCUGGGUGGCCGUCCUGGCUUUCAGCUGUGUGUGGAGAGGCACUCGAUGGAUGGAUUCCACGGCGGGCAGACACCUUCGAGAAGAUUGAUAAGAUUGGGCAAGGAACGUAUAGCAAUGUAUAUAAAGCUAAAGAUCUAUUAACAGGUAAAAUUGUUGCGCUGAAGAAGGUUCGGUUUGAUAAUGUGGAACCUGAGAGCGUGAAAUUUAUGGCUAGAGAGAUACUCAUUCUACGAAGAUUGGAUCAUCCCAAUGUUGUAAAGUUGGAGGGUUUAGUUACCUCAAGAAUGUCUUGUAGUUUGUACUUGGUGUUUCAGUACAUGGAUCAUGAUUUGGCUGGACUUGCUGCAAGCCCAGCUGUAAAAUUUACUGUAUCACAGGUUAAAUGUUACAUGCAUCAACUACUUUCUGGACUUGAGCACUGUCACAAUCGUGGUGUGCUUCACCGAGACAUAAAAGGUUCAAAUCUGCUCAUUGAUGAUGGGGGAAUUCUUAGGAUUGCUGAUUUUGGACUGGCUUCUUUCUUCGAUCCAAAUCACAAGCAUCCAAUGACCAGUAGAGUGGUCACCUUGUGGUAUCGACCUCUAGAGCUGCUUCUUGGCGCUACUGACUAUGGUGUGGGUGUGGACCUCUGGAGUGCUGGUUGCAUUUUAGCUGAGUUGUUGGCUGGGAAACCCAUUAUGCCUGGUCGUACAGAGGUAGAACAACUACAUAAGAUAUACAAGCUAUGUGGUUCACCUUCUGACGAAUACUGGAAAAAAUCAAGGUUGCCCAACGCAACCUUAUUUAGGCCCCGGGAGCCCUAUAAAAGGUGCAUACGAUCAACUUUUAAAGAUUUCCCACUGUCAUCAAUUCCUCUCAUAGAGACCCUACUUGCAAUAGAUCCUGCUGAACGUGAGACUGCAACUGCAGCAUUAAAAAGUGAGUUCUUCUUGACGGAGCCUUAUGCUUGUGAUCCUUCUAGUCUCCCGAAAUAUCCUCCAAGUAAGGAGAUCGAUGCCAAACGACGAGAUGAUGAAGCUCGGAGAAUAAGAGCUGCCGGUAAAGGCCACGGUGAUGGUUCAAAGAAAACACGAACACGCGAACGUAGUGCUCGGGCAAUGGCUGCUCCUGAAGCAAAUGCAGAGCUUCAAUCUAAUAUAGAUAGAAGACGUCUAAUCAAUCAUGCCAAUGCAAAGAGCAAGAGUGAAAAGUUUCCUCCACCACACCAGGAUGGCGCGCUUGGCUAUCCAUUGGGAAUGUCGAAUCAUAUUGAUCCUGGUUUGGUUCCCGCUGGCGUUCCUUUCAGCUCUUCAUUCUACUAUUCAAAAGAGCCAAUCCAAACUUGGUCUGGUCCAUUGGGUGAUCCUUCCAGUAAUCGUGUUUCAAGACGGAAGAAGAAUGCAGCAAGUGAUGCACGAGAUUCAUCCAAACCACGACCUGCGACUCAGAGAGAUCGAAGUAGGGCCUAGGGAAGGAAAGAGAAAGCUUAAAUUCUUGCAUUAAGAAUUCGCAGACCCGGUGAACUGCUGAAGUUUUACACAUAUUCGUCAGAAGCACUGCUAUUUUAUAGGAUUGUAAUAAAUCACCACGACACGGAGAAGAAUCAAAUUUUCCAUUCCAAAACAAACAUGUCUUAUUUUUUUGGUUGGAAGGUCAGAUAUUCACAAGAUAUGUAAAUGUUUCUCUCUUUUUUUAAAAAAAAAAUAAUUAAAUUCCUGCAGUGAAAACUGCUACUAUUUAGUACAGUGGAAGGAGAAUCUAAUAUGUAUUUAGCAGCAA